CGUAUUUUAUUUUUGAACAGUUUAAGUUAUGCGUGUACGUCUUGGUUCAGCUCAGAAGAAAAAUAAUUUUCACGAAGUGUACGAAAAGAGAUCGUGGAAAAUUUUAUUUAGUUGGCAAAAUACUUAGAGUUUACUUUUGUAGGGCUUUAACCUUGGAGACACGAAGCAAGAGAAAAAUUGCGACGGCAAACAAGAGCUAAAUUUGUAAUAGUCACUCACUAUUAAUACGGGUUUCUACCACGGUUAUUUUUUCUUUCGUUCGCUGAAUAUCAUCGAAUUUCACAGCAAUUCGGAACAAGAACAACAAUGUUUGAGAUUCAGGAAGUGGAACCUGCUUCAGACAAUCCGCUGAAAAAAUGGAGAGCCAAAGUGGAAGCAAAUAGCCUCAGCCAAUUGGAUUUUGUAACCUUUUUGCAGAGCAGCGCAGCUCAAUUCAUUCAUAUCGAGCAGAAGUCCAAUUCUGAGUUAGGAAGCUAUAAUUUCGAUGAGCAGAACGCCAAGCAUGCAGUAAUAGAUGUAAUCGAAAAGUUUAUCUGUGGUGACAAUUCGCAAUCAUUUUUGGAACGACUAAAGCUGGAGGACAAUGUGGCAUCGGUCUGUGGACGAGUGUUCAAGAUUGGCGAACCAACAUACAGUUGUCGAGAGUGCAGUAUGGAUCCGACAUGUGUGCUUUGUUCGUCGUGCUUUAAAAAAUCGUCUCAUAGAUUGCACAAAUACAAAAUGUCGACAUCCGGUGGCGGUGGCUGUUGUGAUUGCGGAGAUCACGAAGCAUGGAAGCGAGAUCCUUCCUGUGAGGAGCAUGCAGUAACUGUUACUGAAACUCCGGAUCACUCUAUCAUCACAGACAAAAUUAAGACGUGCAGUGAAAUUGUUUUCAAAGGAAUCAUGCAAUAUUGUAUGAAAACUCUACAGAUCCAGUCCGAAAGCUGUUUGGCUGAAUACGACGUUGAUGACGAAGAUAUCUAUUGUACAAUUUUAUACAACGAUGAAACUCACACUUUCGAGCAGGUCAUCCAGACUUUAACUUCGAUUGUAAAGUGCACUCAAAAGGAAGCGAUUGAGUACGUUACCAGCAUCGAUCGAGAAGGAAGAGCGGUUGUCAAGUGUGCUUCAUUUGAAACGUGUAAAAAAUUGAAAGAGGAUGUCGAGAAUAAGGUUAUACGAUCCUCGAUGACAGCCAAAGCAUCCCCUUUGAAAGUAACUGUUUUACACAAAAAUGAGGUGGCUUGCCAACAUCUUGCUAUGCAAAUUUUGGGAUGGUUCCAAGAAUUUCUUACAAGACACUCGACUUUCAGGUUAAUUUAUUGCAAUAUUGUUGCUGAGGUUAAUAUACCGUACAAUCUGAAGCAAAUUCUCAGCAAUGAUCACAAGCUGUGGAAGUCGGCCAGAACCUGCUGGCACAGAUUGCUCAUCUCCGGCAUGCUAAUGGAAUACGAGAACAAAAAAUCGCUGGCUGUGAUGUUUACCAAGUUGUAUUCCACCUUGAUGCAGGAUUUUAUUCGAGAUGACCAUUACCACUCGUUUUCAAUUGUAUCGCUGAGCGUUCAAUUGUUCACGGUGCCAACCAUUGCGCAUCAUCUCAUUGCCCAUGAGCUGGCGUUUUUUAAACUGAUGCAUACAUUCUAUUCCGAAUCGAUUGAAAAAUAUGUCAAGAACAAACUCCUUCAGUUUGCCAAGAACACAUCAACGAUGAAUGUCUUUAAAAGGGCGUCUUAUAUUUUGGUCGAUUUGAAAUAUCUGCUUAGCUUCAAGCCGGAUGUGUGGACUCAAGAGCUGCGAACUGGAUUUUUACAUGGCGUUCAGAUUCUUAUCCGUCUUUUGAAAUGCAUGCAAGGAAUGGAUGCUGUUACCAGACAAGUUGGGCAGCACAUGGAAUACGAGCCAGAAUGGGAGACAGCGUUUACUCUGCAUCUGAAGCUAUCACAUUUGAUCACCCUCGUGUUAGAAUGGUGCAGCACAGAUAAAGUAGUUUUGGUUAAAGUGUAUCGCAUGCUGUUGGCUGCUUUAACUGAAAUCAAAUUCAUCGUAUCUGAAUCAAAGGUUGAGGUACGAGAGCUCGCUGACCACAGUGCUUCCUGUUUGAUGUAUGAUGUCUCAUCGAAACCUGUAUCUAUCCAUUUGCCGCUAACACGUUUCCUAGCUGGGCUCUACGUUCAUUUUGAGAAGUUUGACUUGACGUUCGAUACGGUAGCUUCAUCCUCUACUGAUAAACCAACUCCGGAGCAGAUUAUAGAACCAGUUCUGAGUACCAGAACAAUGAUUUCUCAAGUCUAUGCCGGAAUGUGGCGUCGCAAUGGGUAUUCUUUGCUCAAUCAACUCUACUUCUAUCGUAACGUCAAGUGCCGUUACGAGAUGCUAGACCGUGAUAUUGUUAUCCUUCAAAUUGGUGCUUCAUUGAUUGAAAGUAAUGAAUACUUGAUUCACGUAUUGAGUAAGUUUAAUCUCAUCGAAUGGACGAACGAUGACUACGAACCUUCGAAUGCUGCAAAUCCGGAAGAAGAUUGCGUUCGACAGGUCAUUAAUAUGGUUGACGAACUGCUUGAGCUAUUGAUUAUCGUGGUCGGCGAACGUUACGUUCCAGGCAUCGGGAUGAUCUCAGAAGAUGAUCGAAUUAAAAAAGAAAUCGUUCAGCAGCUCUGUAUUAAGCCGUAUUCACAUUCGGAACUGAACCGUGCUUUGAAUGAAGACAACAGCAGCGAAACUGGAAUGGAGAAUGUAAUUGAAGAGAUAGCAACAUUCGAGAAGCCAACCAAGUCUGAUAAGAAAGGAGUUUACAAGUUGAAACCGGAAUAUUUCAAAUGGUACAAUAUGUACUUUUACCACUAUAGUAAGGAAGACAAGUCCAAAUCAGAAGAAGCUCAAAGAAGACGACGUAAGGAAAAGCAUGAAUUGGUAUGUUGUCCGCCACCAGAAUUGCCGCAACUGACUCAGUCGUUCAGCAUGAUUGCUAAUUUGCUGCAAUGCGAUGUAAUGCUUCUUAUAAUGCAGACUGUGCUUAAACGAGCUCUUGACCUUAAAGCGAUCACAUUCUCGGAAAGUCACGUUCAGCGGACUCUACACCUAAUCGGCUAUGCUAUUCAAGAAGAGGAAUCUGGCAACUAUGCUUUUCUGAAGUUCAUUGAGCGAUCCAAAAAGAUGAAUAUUUUUCCCAUGUUGGAGGAAUUGGUCAACAGUGCAAGGGUCGAAUCUCAGCGAGAUCUCCUUCUAUGGGUCAUACAGAAAUACAAAGAUGUAUCCCUGAAAUUCCAAGAUAAAAAAAUGGAUGAAGAUCACACGAGCAACGAGCAGCCUCAAACUUCUUCAAUGACUCAGAUAGAGGCAGAGCGACUGGAAAAGGAAGAACGGGCAAAAUUGGCAGCCAAAAGGCGCGCCCAGAUAUUGGCCCAGAUGCAGAACGCCCAGAAAAACUUUAUGACAUCUAAUGCUGAACUGUUCGAGAACAAUAGCGAUGACGAAAAGGAGGCAGGAUGCAGCAGCAUGGAUUGGCAAGCCACUACUGAAGAAACUGGCGAACAGGCAUGUGUUGGUUUGAAACGAAAAAUCCAACGCGUUGAAGAGGCUCGUCAUCGGUGUAUUCUCUGUUCGGAAGAAUCCUCGGUUACUAAAACCGAAGAAUGCAUGGUAUAUGCCGCAUUUGUGCAGAAAUCGAGUGUACUGUCUCGUUAUCAGCAAACAGAUGAUCAAGGGCAACUUAAGUACUUGGAAACCAGCAUCCAUCCUUCACCACAUGUCAGCACUUGUGGACACGUUAUGCAUGCAUCUUGCUUUGAAAAAUAUUUCAGCAACGAAAUGAUUAAAGAAAACCGUCGACCAUACCGCAAUCGAACUCCGGUACUGUUCGAUAUAGAAAAACGAGAAUUUCUGUGUCCACUUUGUCGGUUUUUAAGUAACGCACUGCUACCACUUUUGCCAGCGCUUGGAACGUUUAAUGAAAACACUAAUUCCAUUAAACCAAUACCCGAUGCAAUCGAUUUCCAAAAUUGGAAUACAUUGAUGGAGGAGUUUUCUGUGACCCUAAGGAAUGCCAACACCAGCCAGAUGGAAACUCAGCAAGAAGCCGAAGCCGACAUUGAAGAGCAGGUCAACAAAAAUUGCAUGCGUGUUUAUGAGGAAGCAAUUCUCCCAAAAUUAUCAGCUGCAUUAGGCAUUGCUGUAGACAAAAAUGAUUGUCAUACACAAUCGUUAGUUCGGGAUUCCAUUGAAGAGUACAUUAAUAAAUUUUGCACCGCUGUUCACGACGUAGCUCCCUUCCCGUCAACAUCUAGAAACUUUGAAGAAUAUCUCGUCACAUGGCUGUCGUGUGCUUACACAAUAGAAUCGUUGGAAAUGUUGCUGAGAGCUACGGACAAGAAACUUAGUGGAGAACUUUCAAUACGGUACACUUCUUGCUUGAGUGGAUUUGUUCGGGUAUCCGCAGUGUUAGGAAACAAUAUUAAGCGAUUCAACCCCGGAUUGAUCGAUUACAUGUGUGAUCUGUACGAUACGUUGCUUGGAAAACGAGGAUCCUCCUUCUUGGAGUGGGAUAUCUUCAGCAUGAUGACAUCGUUGAUAUUCGCAACUAGAUGUGUUUUGUUUAGCGCCAGUAAGGAAGAAACUAUACCCAAAGGAAAUGUGAUCGACCAUGACAUUCUGACUGCAAUGUUCCUGGUGAAUGCAAUUAGAAUCGUCGUUACACAUGAGAUGAAAUUUUCCAAUGUCAUGGAUAUCGAUGAGACAGCUACUGGUAGCGACAAAGAAGUAUCAACAAAUCUGUGUAAUAUUUUUAUGAAGUAUAAUAUUUACCACACAAAUGUUGAAGAUGAGAAUGUUCCAACCUCCAUUGGGCAUUAUUUGGCAAAUACUAUCAAAGAACAAAGUCAAACUUUUCUAAGAUGCUCGUGCUUAUUGUUCCAUGCUAUUACGGACGUAGAGCUUCCUAGUGGAGACAAUUUCGAAGCACUAGCUUCGUAUUUAGGCUUGGAAACAGACGUGUGCACGUAUUUCAACAACGAUAUUUACGGUCAAUUCAUAUCCAAUUUGAUCAAUGCCAACCUUCAAGAACUUCAAGCCGUUAAACAGAAUAUACGGAAUAAGCAAUCAGAAGAUAUUGUUCCAAUUAUUCAGGCCAUACCACCCAUCCGGCAGCUGAUAGAUCUCCCGGAAGAUUACAGUGAUCUGAUCAACAGUGUAUCAUCUUUCACUUGCCCAAACAAUGUACGAGACGAUUCUCGCAACCCUACAAUGUGUCUAGUCUGUGGCGAAAUUCUAUGCUCCCAAUCGUUUUGUUGUCAGAAAGAACUGGAUAAAAGCUCAGUAGGUUCGUGCACCUAUCAUGUCCAUACAUGUGGCGCCGGAAUCGGAGUAUUUUUAAGAAUUCGUGAAUCUGAAAUAUUGUUACUUGGAAUGAAUAAGGGUUGUUUCAUCCCUGCUCCUUAUUUGGAUGAGUAUGGCGAGACGGAUCAAGGAUUGCGCCGUGGCAACCCGUUGCGACUAUGUAGGGAACGCUAUAAGAAACUGCACAUCACAUGGCUCAGUCACGGUAUUCAUGAGGAAAUAACCCGCCGGACUGAAACGCAACAAACAUUGUUCGCAACACAGUGGCAGAAUCUAUGAAAAUAAAGAAACAUACAGGUGUUUAUCUUGAUAUUGUGCAGAUAUAUGUAUGCAUACCGAACGCAAAAAUAAGAAAGUCAAGUAGUAGGUACCAGUGGUAAUUCCAACGCGCUGACUUAUGUGAAUAAUACAUCUAGAUAUUAGAUAUGUUUUAUGUAAUUUUGUUUCGCUAUAUUUUCAGCUGUUGAUAGAGAAUUUAAUGCAAGUCUGUUUCAUGAUGUGAGUAAAUACAUAUCUUGCAUCUAAA